UCUCUCUCUCUCUCUCUAACUAUCAUGGCUUCCUUGAGCUGCUCAGCCACCGAUCUCACCCCUUUUCUCAGCUCCGGCACCGCCAACGCUAGCGCCUUGGCUGCCUAUCUCUGUGUCCGAUUUGACACCAUUGCCAACAAGCUCAGCGACACCACCUACGCCAUAGACAACACAUACCUCCUCUUCUCAGCUUACCUUGUCUUCGCCAUGCAGCUCGGCUUCGCCAUGCUGUGCGCCGGCUCAGUCCGCGCCAAGAACACCAUGAACAUAAUGCUCACCAACGUCCUUGACGCCGCCGCCGGCGGCCUCUCCUACUACCUCUUCGGCUUCGCCUUCGCCUUCGGUACCCCCUCCAACGGUUUCAUAGGCCACCACUUCUUCGGCCUCACAGACUACCCUUCGGCCUCCGGAGACUACAGCUUCUUCCUUUACCAGUGGGCUUUUGCCAUAGCGGCUGCCGGUAUUACCAGCGGCUCCAUAGCCGAGCGAACCCAGUUCGUGGCUUACCUCAUUUACUCUACCUUCUUAACCGGCUUCGUUUAUCCGGUAGUUUCUCACUGGUUUUGGUCCUCCGAUGGUUGGGCCAGUCCCACCCACACCGACAAUCUCUUAUUCGGCUCAGGUGCCAUCGACUUCGCCGGCUCAGGAGUGGUACACAUGGUCGGCGGCAUAGCGGGCUUGUGGGGUGCUCUGAUAGAGGGCCCAAGAAUCGGCCGCUUCGACCGGAGCGGCCGCGCCGUGGCUUUACGCGGUCACAGCGCGUCUCUAGUCGUGCUCGGUUCGUUCUUGCUGUGGUUCGGUUGGUACGGAUUCAAUCCCGGUUCAUUUCUAACAAUCGCCAAGUCGUAUGGUGACGGCAGUUCCUACUACGGCCAAUGGAGCGCCAUCGGAAGAACAGCCGUCACCACCACGCUGGCCGGGAGCACAGCCGCUCUCACGACCCUUUUCAGCAAACGCUUGCUGGUGGGCCAUUGGAAUGUCCUCGACGUUUGUAACGGUCUGUUGGGAGGAUUCGCUGCGAUCACCUCAGGGUGCUCCGUGGUGGAGCCCUGGGCGGCAAUCAUCUGCGGCUUCGUAGCAUCGUGGGUUCUGAUAGGGUGCAACAAGCUUGCCGAAAAGCUCAAGUACGACGAUCCCCUCGAGGCGGCGCAACUGCACGGCGGGUGCGGCGCGUGGGGCCUAAUCUUCACGGGACUGUUCGCCACGAAGUCGUACGUGGACGAGGUGUAUCAGGGGAGGAAGCCUGGCAGACCGUACGGGUUGUUUAUGGGCGGCGGUGGGAAGUUGCUAGCGGCACAGCUCGUGCAGAUAGUGGUGGUGUUAGGGUGGGUGACGGUCACGAUGGGUCCACUUUUUUAUGUGCUUCAUAAAUUGAAGUUGUUGCGGAUAUCUCGGGAUGAUGAGAUGGCGGGCAUGGACCUGACGAGGCACGGUGGGUUUGCUUAUGCUUACCGCGAUGAAGAUGAUCCAUCCAUUGGCCCUUCCUUCAUGAUGGGGAAGGUGCAGCCGGCUCUCGAGACUUCCACGGCUACUCCUGUCUGAUUUGAUAUCUUAGCAUUUCUUGAAAAAAAAAAAAAAAAAAAAGAAGUGUGGUUAAUUCCACGUGGGUGGGUUCCACGUGCAGAAAAAUGGCACGUUAGGGUUAUUAUAAGUUUUACUUCAAUUUUCAUAUAUAAUUAACGUGUUAAUUUAUAAUUGGUAAAAUAAUUAAUAGUAUAUGGUUGACAAGUUUAUCACUUAUUGACCAAUCAUUUUAUCAAAUAUAAAUUAUCAUGUUAACUUGUAAGAAGUUUUUUAAUAAAAAUUAUGGUACUCCUAUUGGCAAGACGGUUAAAGCUUGUGUGUAAAAGUUGUAGAAUUAUCCCAUGUGUAUAAUGUUAAAAAUGACAUGGGAUGUGUUAUUGUAAGAGUUAGUGUAGAACAUGUGGACUUUUUUAA